UAGAGUGUACAAGCCCAGCCGCUCCAUUCUCUCAGCAUAUGACAGUCCCGCCAUCCCGGGAAUUAACCUUGUAAACCUACGCUGGGCUCCCACAAUAGCAAGAAUGUCCGUCCUCAAAUUAGGAGACCAAAACUGCACACAUACAAUGUGUGUUCCUUGGUUUUACUUCUGUAAAUAGCCUCUGAAAUUUUCCGACCAGUUGUCGUUUAUUGAAUGAAAUGACUGUGGCCGUGUUUUUAGCUGCACGUUCUGAAUCGUUUUUUUUGUUUCCCUUGCAGGUCUAGAUUGUAGACACAGAAAGAAAAAUGAAAGUCGAUAGAACGAAGUUGAAGAAAACUCCGACUGAAGCGCCUGCGGAUUGCCGAGCUCUGAUCGAUAAGCUGAAGGCCUGCAACGAUGAACAGCUCCUGACGGAACUUCAGCAGAUCAAGACAUGGAAUAUUGGAAAGUGCGAGCUGUACCACUGGGUGGACAUGCUGGAUCGCUUCGAUGGCAUCUUGGCGGAUGCUGGGCAGACGGUGGAGACCAUGUCGUGGAUGUUGGUGUGCGACAGGCCCGAGAACGAGCAGCUCAAAGCCCUCCUGCUGGCUGUCUUGAACUUCACAGCCCUGCUCAUCGAGUACAGCUUCUCCCGCCACCUGUACAGUUCCAUCGAACACCUAACCACGUUAUUAGCAUCAUGUGACAUGCAAGUGGUGCUGGCUGUGUUAAACCUGCUGUACGUAUUCAGCAAAAGAUCAAAUUAUAUCACAAGGCUGGGGUCUGAUAAAAGGACUCCGCUGUUGUCAAGACUGCAGCACCUGGCAGAAAGUUGGGGUGGAAAGGAGAAUGGAUUUGGCCUUGCAGAGUGCUGCCGUAACCUGCAGAUGUCGAAGUACCCACCUAGUGCAACAACACUACACUUUGAGUUCUAUGCAGAGCCAAGUGCGGAGGUGAAGUUGGACAAAAAGGCCACAACAAACAACACACUACAUUACAUCCACAUAGAGCAGUUAGAUAAGAUCUCCGAAAGCCCUUCUGAAAUUAUGGAGUCUCUAACCAAAAUGUACAGUAUUCCAAAGGACAAGCAGAUGCUACUGUUUACACAUAUACGACUCGCUCACGGAUUCUCGAACCACAAGAAGCGGCUGCAAGCCGUACAAGCUAGGUUGCACGCCAUCUCGAUAUUAGUCUACUCCAACGCACUCCAAGAAUCUGCCAACAGCAUCCUGUACAACGGAUUGAUCGAGGAGCUUGUGGACGUUCUACAGAUUCCCGACAAACAACUCAUGGACAUUAAAGCCGCAUCGUUGCGGACGUUGACGUCGAUCGUUCACCUGGAGCGGACGCCCAAGCUGAGCAGCAUCAUCGACUGCACCGGGACAGCGUCCUACCACGGUUUCUUACCCGUCUUGGUGAGAAACUGCAUCCAGGCCAUGAUCGAUGAAGUUCUGGAGUCCGUUCUGAGCAACCCACCACGGACGACCAUGCCAGGAGUUUGUGACCAGAAGGGUUGCAGCCACUGGUCUGCAUCCUGGACCUGCCGACCGUCCCAUCGACUUCCCCCAUCAUCUGCCUGCCAGGCUGUGGCGGGAGUUUUGCAAGUCCUUCUGGUAGGUGUGGUGGGCAGAACUCUUUGUCUGAGCAACAACACCACGGACGACCAUUGCCAGGAGUUUGUGACACAGAAGGGGUUGCAGCCACUGGUCUGCAUCCUGGGACUGCCGAACCUUCCCAUUGACUUCCCCACAUCAGCUGCCUGCCAGGCUGUGGCGGGAGUUUGCAAGUCCAUUCUGACGCUGUCCCACGAGCUGAAGAUGCUGCAGGAAGGCCUGAUCCAGCUGGACACCAUCUUGUCGUCGCUGGAGCCCCUCCACCGGCCCAUCGACACCCCCGGCGGCUCGGUGCUCCUGCGGGAGCUGGCCAACGCCGGCAACGUGGCGGAUGCCACGCUCUCCGCCCAGGCCACGCCGCUGCUGCACGCCCUCACCGCCGCCCACGCCUACAUCAUGAUGUUCGUGCACACCUGCCGGGUCGGACAGAGUGAAAUCCGUUCGAUAUCCGUGAACCAGUGGGGCUCGCAGCUAGGCCUGAACGUCCUGAACAAGCUCAGCCAGCUCUACUGCUCCCUAGUGUGGGAGAGCACUGUGCUGCUGUCUCUCUGCACCCCAAACAGUCUGCCCUCAGGCUGCGAGUUUGGCCAGGCCGACAUGCAGAAGCUGGUGCCAAAGGAGGAGAAGCCCGCAGCCGCUGCCACGCCGGGCUCGACGUCGGGAGGGAAGAGAUCAGAAGCGGAGAUGGAUGCAACGGCCGGCGGCGUUGAGACUUCAGCCCAGGGCCUGCUGGAGGGGAUCAACCUGGACGGGGACACACUGGCCCCCAUGGAGACUGAUGAACCCGGCACCUCCGACCCCAAGGGCAAGUCCAAGAUCACCCCAGCCAUGGCGGCGAGGAUCAAGCAGAUCAAGCCCUUGCUCUCAGCAUCCUCGAGACUCGGCAGGGCGCUGGCCGAACUCUUCGGCCUGCUGGUCAAGCUGUGCGUGGGAUCGCCGGUCCGGCAACGACGGAGCCACCACCCGGCCAACACCACCACCGCGCCCACGCCGGCGGCACGGGGGACCGCCUCCGCUCUCACCAAGCUGCUCACCAAAGGGUUGUCGUGGCAACCGCCUCCCUACACGCCCACCCCCAGAUUCAGGUUGACUUUCUUCAUCUGCUCGGUGGGAUUCACGUCUCCCAUGUUGUUUGACGAGAGGAAGUAUCCAUACCACCUGAUGCUGCAGAAGUUCCUGUGUUCUGGAGGCCACGAUGCCCUGUUCGAGACCUUCAACUGGGCGCUGUCGAUGGGAGGCAAGGUGUCGGUCACCGAAGGCCUGGAGCACAUGGAGCUGCCGGACGGCACGGGGGAGUUCCUCGACGCCUGGCUCAUGCUGGUGGAGAAGAUGGUGAACCCGACCACUGUGCUGGAGUCCCCGCACUCCCUGCCCGCCAAGCCCCUCGGCGGGCAAAACUUCCCGCAGUUCAGCGCGCUGCGCUUCCUGGUGGUCACCCAGAAGGCCGCCUUCAACUGCAUCAGGAACCUGUGGAACCGCAAGCCCCUGAAGGUGUACGGCGGGCGGAUGGCGGAGUCCAUGCUCGCCAUCCUGUGCCACAUCCUGCGCGGCGAGCCGGUGAUCCGCGAACGCCUCUCCAAGGAGAAGGAAGGCAGUCGGACGGAGGAGGAAGGGCCGCAGGAGGAGGGGGCGGCUCCACGGAGAGAGCCCCAGGUCAACCAGCAGCAGCUCCAGCAGCUGAUGGACAUGGGCUUCACGCGCGAACACGCGAUGGAGGCCCUGCUGAACACAAGCACGAUGGAGCAGGCCACAGAGUACCUAUUGACGCACCCUCCUCCGCUCCUGGGCGGGGCGGUACGCGUGCGGCAGGAGCUGAGCAUGUCUGAGGAAGACCAAAUGAUGAGGGCGAUUGCCAUGUCUCUGGGCCAGGAUAUCCCGAUGGAUCAGAGCACUGAAUCUCCAGAGGAGGCAGCCCGCCGCAAGGAGGACGAGGAGCGCAAGGCCCGGGAGAAGCAGGAGGAGGAGGAGGUGAAGAGCCUGGAGAGGUACCAGGACGCCGAGCCCCUGGAACCCGACGAGCUGAACGCCUUCACGGAGAAGAUGCUGCCGGGCUGCUUCCACCUGCUGGACGAGCUGCCCGACACCGUGUACCGUGUCUGCGACCUGAUCAUGACGGCCGUCAAACGCAACGGCGCCGACUAUCGAGACCUGAUUCUCAAGCAGGUGGUGGAGCAGGUUUGGGAAGCGGCCAAUGUGCUGAUCAAGGCGGCCCUCCCGCUGACCACCAGCGACACCAAGACAGUGGCGGAGUGGACGAGCCAGAUGGCCACGCUGCCGCAAGCUUCCAACCUCGCCACGCGGAUCCUGCUGCUCACCCUGCUGUUUGAGGAGCUCAAGUUGACCUGUGCCAGGAUUGUGGAGACCAGCGGUAUCCUGGAUGUAUUGAUUAAAUUGCUGGAGGUGGCCCAACCUUGCCUUCAGGCUGCCAAGGAACAGAAGGAAGUGCAUACCCCCAAGUGGAUUACUCCUGUGCUGCUACUGAUCGACUUCUACGAGAAGAUGUCCGUGUCUUCCAAGAGGAGGUCGCAGAUGAACAAGUUCCUGCAACAGACCGGGAACAACUGGCGCUGGUUCGACGAUCGGUCCGGCCGAUGGUGCAGUUACAGCGCCAGCAACAACAGCACCAUCGACGCGGCGUGGAGAAUGGGCGAGACCAGCGUGCGGUUCACCGCUGGGCGCAGGCGUUACACCGUGCAGUUCAACACCAUGGUGCAGGUGAACGAGGAGACUGGCAACAGGCGGCCCGUCAUGCUGACCCUGCAGCGCCUGCCGCGCAAGGAGGCCGUCUCCAAAAGCAGCAGCUCGCAGUUCGUCCAGGACCUGGAGAAGACGCUGGAGGAGGCGAAGGAACCCGAGGCCAAGCCCGCCGAGGACAAGCCCAACGAGGUGGAGCCGUUGGCCGAGGUGGCGGUGGAGAAGGAGCCGCGGGAGGAGGCGAAGACCAGCGACAUUGUCAUCCAGGGGCUGACGGAGGAGCAGAUGACGGUGCUGAUCCGCUCGUGCGUCAGCAUGGUCAGCGUGCCCGUCGACCCCGACACCCUGCACGCCACCCUGCGCCUCUGCCUGCGCCUGACCCGCGAGCACAAGUGCGCCCUGAUGUUCGCCGAGCUGGGCAGCACCCGCAUGAUCCUGAGCCUGACCCAGGGCUCCGGGUUCAACGGCUUCACGCCGCUCGUCACCCUCCUCUUCCGACACGUCAUCGAGGACCCCUGCACCCUCAAGCACACCAUGGAGAAGGUGGUACGUUCCGCAGCCACCAGCGGGGCGGGCAGCACCACCUCUGGCGUGGUAUCUGGGAGCCUGGGAUCCAGAGAGAUCAACUACAUCCUGCGGGUGCUGGGCCCAGCCGCCUGCAGAAAUCCCGACACCUUCACAGACGUGGCAAAGAACUGCAUCAGGAUCGCCCUCCCUGCUCCCCGGGGAAACGGCACUGCCUCUGACGAUGAGUUUGAGAACCUCCGCAUCAAGGGCCCCAACGCGGUGCAGUUGGUGAAAACCACCCCGGUGAAGCCCUCACCAUUGCCGACCAUCCCCGACACCAUCAAGGAAGUCAUCUACGACAUGCUGAACGCUCUCUCUGCCUACCACGCUCCUGACGAAGCGGAAAAGGUGGAGGUGAAGCUAGUCAGCGUCAACCAGGAGCUGAGCCAGCUGUUGCAGGACGUAGGUGAUGACAUGUACCAGCAGUAUCGUUCGCUUACUCGCCAGGGCAGCGACUUCGACUCCCAGCAGAGUUUCACCAUCAACACCCAGGUCUUUGUUGCGGACGGAGCAGCGACUGAUGCCAGCCAGCCCGGGACAUCUCAAGGAGAAGUCUCCACGCCGGAGGAGGGCCGGGACGGCAAGAAGGACAAGGACGGUGACAAGGCCUCGGAGGACGGCAAGCAGAAGGCCAAGGGCACCAAGCCCCUGAUGCCCACCUCCACCAUCUUGAGGCUGCUGGCCGAGCUGGUGCGCUCCUACAUCGGCAUCGCCACCCUCAUCGCCGGCUACAGCUACACCGCCGGCCAGUCCGAGCUGAUCAAGGAGGAUUGCAGCGUGCUGGCCUUCGUCCUGGAUCACCUGCUGCCCCAGACGCAGAGCGUGGGCGACAAGGACACGCCGGCCCUGGCCCGCCUCUUCCUGGCCAGCCUUGCCGCGGCCACCCAGAGCACCGAGGCCCAGGCGGCGCUGGUCAACGAGGUGAAGGCGGCCCUGAGCCGGGCGCUGGCCAUGGCGGAGAGCACGGAGAAACACGCCAGGCUGCAGGCGGUGAUGUUCAUCAUCAGCACCAUCAUGGAGUCCUGCCCGUCCACUGCCUGCUUCUACUGCAGCAACGCCGUCAAGGCCUCAGCACAAUAUGCAUGAACAACAUCAUGAAAACGAGUUGUUCAGCCAACAAGGGGCUCGGUCAACGACCUUGCGCGGGUGCCGCGCAGCGGCGGUGCCCUGCAGGUGAGUAACGUGAGCGGGUUGGAUCUCUGUGCCCCCAACAUGGCGAACACGGUGAACGCCGCCUUGAAGCCGCUGGAGACGCUGUCCCGCAUUGUCAACCAGCCGAGCAGCCUCUUCAGCAGCAAGAACGCGUCGAGCAAGAACAAGUCGGAGCAGGACACCAACAUCACCAGCAGCGAUGCCAAUGGCAACCAGCCAGAGGCCGGUGAGACGGGAGAGACGGAAGCGCACGAAGAUCACGCCCCCACCGGCGUUGGAGACAACGAUAUCAUGGACGGGGAGCCCGACGCUGACACGGUGGUGAUAACCGGCCAAUCAGAAGUGCUAAACGCCCAGGAGAUGCAGGUUGAGAAUGAACUGGAGGACCUCAUCGAUGAGUUGCUGGAGAGGGACGUGGAUACCGUGAGCAGCACGAUCAUAGCUUGCAGAAGCACGGAGGAUGAGUCCCAGGAGGAUGUGUUGAUGGAUGAGGCUCCCUCAAAUCUCAGUCAGGCGCCCACACUGCAGGCUAACCGAGAAGGUACACGGGAAAAAAAACAAACAAAAAAAUGGCACCAAAACAAAAAACCACAACAAAAAAAAAACUGUCUUUUAUUUACAAAAACUUUAUACCCCAAACCUUCAGGAGAGAAAGAACGGAGGGGGGGGCCGCCGCCGGGCGAUGGCGUCUGCUCCAGUGCCCUAUCGGCCACCAACGAAGCCAUCAGUAACAUCGCCGCUUCGAUCGCCGAAGCAGCGCUGGAAGCCAUGCGGACGCACGGGCAGUUAGCGGACGCGGAGCAGCCUGUCGUGGGUUCCACCGGCCUGGACACGCCGCGCCUGGAGUCCUUCCUCCCCGCCCUGACGUCCAUGGAGGGCUCGGCGGCUGCCGAGACCCCCGCCCUGGAGGCGGCCCCCCUGCCCGGCGAGCGGUCCUCGCCCCUGCGCCUGCCCGCGACCCAGGAGGAGGCGGCAGCGGUGGCGGCGGCGGCGGCGAUCGCCCAGUCCCUGAUGCCCCUGGAUCCGGCGGAGGGCGCAGCGGAGAGAGCCGGCUCCGAUGCCGAGGCACUGCAGAUGGAGAUGUCUCCCGCACCCACCAACGCCUCCCAGUCCCCGGAGAGAGUGGAGGGCUCGGACGCGCUGGUGACGGUGGGAAGCCAGCUGGAGGGGUCUCCGAUGGAUACCAGCAGCCCCGUGUCUGGCAUCUUGGAGGAGGCGGCGGCGGAGGGUCUGGGGCCCGGGGUGGCCGAGCAGGAGAGGACGGGGGCCGAGGAACGGCGGCAGCCCGCCGAGUCGGCCCCCGCCGCAGAGGUCCGGGUGGAGACGUCCACCAUCGGGGAGCUGAGUGUGUCCUCCUCGGUCACCUCGGUGGCCCUGCUGACCAGAGACGGCGUGCCCGGUGCCGUGGUGACGGCCUCAUCCGAGGGGCAGCCCUCCUCCCACAGCGAUGAGGACCCGCUAGCAGGGAUCAGCCUCCCAGAGGGCGUGGACCCCUCCUUCUUGGCCGCCCUGCCCGAGGACAUCCGGCGCGAGGUGCUGCAGAACCAGCUGGGCAUCCGGCCCGCCCAGCCGAGCGGCCGCAACGCCGCCACCCUGGUGGGCAACCAGUCGGUGACCGAGGUCAGCCCCGAGUUCCUGGCUGCCCUGCCGCCCGCCAUCCAGGAGGAGGUCCUGGCACAGCAGCGGGUGGAGCAGCAGCGGAGAGAGCUGGCACAGACGGCCAACUCGGACACGCCGAUGGACCCGGUCACGUUCAUCCAGACGUUGCCGUCGGACCUGCGCCGCAGCGUGCUGGAGGACAUGGAGGACAGCGUGCUGGCAGUCAUGCCGCCCGACAUCGCGGCUGAAGCCCAGGCCCUGCGGCGAGAGCAGGAGGCGCGGCAGCGGCAGCUGAUGCAUGAGCGCCUGUUCAGCCACAGCAGCUCGUCCGCGCUCUCCGCCAUUCUACGGACACCCGCUUCACCGGUCGUUUUGGGCGGAAACCGUGGGGUGCAGUACACACGCCUGGCCGUGCAGAGAAGCGGGGCCUUCCAGUGGGGGAGCGGAACGCACAACAGGUACGCGGGCAGUAACGUGGACAGCCUGUUGCGGCUCCGCGGACGUCUACUCCUCGACCACGAGGCGCUCUCCUGCCUGCUGGUGCUGCUGUUUGUGGACGAGCCCAAGCUGAACACCAGCCGCCUGCACCGGGUGCUGCGCAACCUCUGCUACCACACGCAAACACGCAACUGGGUGAUCAAGAGCCUGCUGUCCAUCCUGCAGCGCAGCAGCGAGAGCGAGCUGUGCAUCGAGACGCCCAAGCACCCGGAGGAGAAGGGCAAGCGAGCGACCAAGGCGGGCGCCACGGCCGCUGCCGCCGCCGCCACCGCCGGCCACGAGCAUCGGCCCCUCGACCUGCUGCACAAGAUGGAGGCCAAGACCACCAGCCAGCUCUCCUGGCUCUCCGUCUCCAUGGACGCCGCCCUGGGCUGCCGCACCAACAUCUUCCAGAUCCAGCGGUCGGGCGGGCGCAAGCACUCGGAGAAGCACGUGGGCUGCGGCUCCACCGUACACAUCCACCCGCAGGCCGCGCCUGUCGUCUGCCGCCAUGUUCUGGACACCUUGAUACAGCUCGCCAAGGUGAGCGCCACCUUCAGCACCAAAAUCCCCAUUCAGAGGGUCUCGACCCCAAACCUCGCCCAUUCCCUCUGUCCACUGAGUUACUCCAGCUCCAGCUUUGGUUAUUUUCCCAGCCACUUCACGCCUCUCCAGACGGCCGAAGACGGAUCCGCUUGCAGAGACUUGGACAAGGAGAAGCUGAGCCAAGCCAUGCCGGUGUUUGACGCAGGCGCCUUUGCCUGGCCCCAGCCCGCAAUCGCCAAGAACCUUCCAAGUCCCCGGCCUAAGGCCCCCCACGUCGGAGUUGGCAGUCUCGCCAACGAAUUCAAGCUCCCAGAAACUCGGUUCUUCUACUCUCGAAAUCAGAGCUACAUGCUCUCUGUGGAGGUCACUCUCCGUCCCCACACCUCCGCUCGCAAAGCCUUCCUCGUUAGGCCCCGUGCCUCCGAACUCCUUCUCGCCGAGGACUCUCGCCUAUGUCUGUUGUGCGCGCUCCGUACCCACCCUGAGGGUAACCGGCUCCCCCCAAUCCCUCCUGCCGUGCUGGAUGUCUGCGCAGGUGUACUGCCAGUUCCCACCUGCCUCCCAGGCGUCUGGGAUGAGUGCAGCGUGGCAGUCGAGGAAGCCAAUGCUUGUGUCCCCACAGGUACAUUGCUCGCCGAGCUACGAGAGUACAACCUAGACCAGCAGCGGUCAGCGCAGUCCGACUGCCAGUCGCCCGAGGGCACGACAGAUGACCAGCCCCAGCUCACCAAACCGAAAGGAAAGAUGCAAAGCAGGUUCGACACGGCAGAGGACGUAGUGAUCGUGGCUUCCCACAAGCGAGCGCUGGGCGGCAGGGAGCUCCAGCUCCCCUCCAUGUCCAUGCUGACCUCCAAGACGUCCACCCAGAAGUUCUUCCUCCGUAUCCUGCAGGUCAUCAUUCAGCUGCGGGACGCCACUCGCAGAGCUAACAAGAAGGCCAAGCAAACUGGACGACUAGGUACGUCGGCUCUGGGCUCAGCGACCAGCAUCCAGGCAGCUGUGAGACAGCUGGAGGCGGAAGCUGACGCCAUAAUACAAAUGGUACGUGAGGGCCAACGUGCCAGAAGACAACAGCAAUCAGCCAUGUCGGAAUCGAAUCCCGCGGAGGGAGUUUCUCGUCGGGACGAGUCGCCCAUGGAUGUGGACCAGCCUUCACCGGCCGCACCAGAGUCGCUGUCGUUGGCCGCGGAAGCGAGCCAGGCGAGCGAGAAGAAGGAAGAGGAGGAGAGGUUACCCGAGUUGCCGCUGCUGAGCGAGCAGCUGAGCCUGGACGAGCUGUGGAACAUGCUGGGCGAGUGCUUGAAGGAGCUGGAGGAAUCCCACGACCAACACGCCGUUCUGGUGCUGCAGCCCGCAGUCGAGGCCUUCUUCUUGGUCCACGCCACCGAGCGGGAGAGCAAGCCCGCCGUCCGUGACACCAGGGAGAGCCAGCUGGCGCACAUCAAGGACGAGGCGCCGCCCCUCUCCCCCGCCCCCGUCACCCCGGCCACCCCUUCCUCCCUCGACCCCUUCUUCUCCCGCGAACCAUCCUCCAUGCAUAUCUCCUCCAAUCUGCCUCCGGACACUCAGAGGUUCCUGCGCUUCGCAGAGACUCACCGAACCGUUCUGAACCAGAUCCUGCGGCAAUCCACCACGCACCUGGCCGACGGCCCCUUCGCAGUUCUCGUCGACUACAUCCGCAUCCUCGACUUCGACGUCAAACGCAAGUACUUCCGCCAGGAGUUGGAGCGCUUGGACGAGGGGAUCCGUAAGGAGGAUUUGGCGGUGCACGUGAGGAGAGACCACGUCUUCGAAGACUCGUACCGGGAACUCCACAGGAAAUCCCCCGAGGAGAUGAAGAACCGUCUGUACAUCGUGUUUGAAGGGGAGGAAGGACAAGACGCAGGCGGCCUGCUCCGCGAGUGGUACAUGAUCAUCUCCCGGGAGAUGUUCAACCCCAUGUACGCGCUGUUCCGCACCUCGCCCGGUGACCGAGUCACCUACACCAUCAACCCUUCCUCCCACUGCAACCCCAACCACCUCAGCUACUUCAAGUUUGUGGGGCGCAUCGUGGCCAAGGCAGUCUACGACAACCGUCUGUUGGAGUGUUACUUCACCCGAUCCUUCUACAAGCACAUCCUGGGCAAGUCUGUCAGGUAUACGGACAUGGAGAGUGAAGACUAUCAUUUCUAUCAGGGGCUGGUGUACCUGCUGGAAAAUGAUGUUUCCACAUUGGGCUACGAGCUCACCUUCAGUACAGAGGUGCAAGAGUUUGGCGUGUGCGAGGUCCGGGAGCUGAAGCCGAACGGCGCUCACAUCGUGGUGACGGAAGAGAACAAGAAGGAGUACGUCCAUCUUGUGUGCCAGAUGAAGAUGACCGGUGCUAUCCGGAAACAGCUGGCUGCCUUCCUGGAGGGCUUCUACGAGAUUAUUCCCAAGCGCUUGAUAUCGAUUUUCACCGAGCAGGAGUUGGAGCUGCUCAUCUCUGGCCUGCCGACGAUCGACAUCGAUGACUUGAAAGCAAACACUGAAUACCACAAGUACCAGGUCAACUCCUUGCAGAUCCAGUGGUUCUGGCGGGCACUGCGCUCCUUCGACCAGGCCGAUCGUGCCAAGUUCCUGCAGUUCGUCACCGGCACCUCCAAGGUUCCCCUGCAGGGUUUCGCGGCUCUCGAAGGGAUGAACGGGAUCCAGAAGUUCCAGAUCCACCGGGACGAUCGUUCGACCGACAGGCUGCCUUCUGCUCACACUUGCUUCAACCAGCUGGACCUGCCGGCCUACGAGAGCUACGAGAAACUCCGCCACAUGCUGCUGCUGGCCAUCCAGGAGUGCUCGGAAGGAUUUGGCCUGGCCUGAACCUGCGCGGAACGACGGGCAGAAGGAAGGAAGGAGCAAAGCGGCGGAGGAGGAGGA